AUGACCCCACAACAGCUUUCGCAGUCCGGGGGCGGCUUUCGCUCGCGGCGCUCCUAUCCCUCACUAAACCAUGCCUCCUUAGCUCCACUGACGUCUCGAUUCCCCAUUGACGACGAUGUCGAACCUCAAGAUUAUUUCACCCCAAGAGCUGAAGACGCUGAUUCCUACUACAGCGCCCAUGAUGCUCCCGCAAAAACCUCGUACCUCUCCAGUUACUCUGUCCCCGGUACCCCGGGUCUCUUGUCUCACUCCCGCAGCGGGUCCAGGGCCCGACACCAGCGGAGUACAAGUUCCUCCCGCGCUCACCUGAGCGACACCAACCUCCAGGGUCAGGAUGACAUUCAACCUUUCCACCACCAAGGGACGAAGACGAAACGACAUUCAUCUCGUCAUCACCCAUCAGACUCCGCCAGUCGGCGUGAUGCAGAAUGGAUGCUUCGCGCGGGGAUCGCGCUAGCGUCGUCGACGCGGGAGGAGAAAGGCCAAAGCUGGCUCGCCAAGCGGGAGAGCUCGACUAGUCUGGUUGAUGAAGGUAAACAUGACGUUGAUUCACCGAGUCACUUGACCAAGAUGAGCAGGAGAUCUAGGUCCGGGCGGUCGACGCCAGCGGCGUCUCGGUCGCGCAUCGUCAGUAGAAGAGGCAGCAGGCCUGACCUUACUAUGACCGGGCUUGAGAUGACUUCUACUCGGCAAGGUGGCAGUGCUGGCGGCUUUGAGAGCCCUGCGGGUGAUGUGCGACACUUGAUUCCGGACUUUGUGGACGAGCGAAUUCGUGCGGAGAUGGAAUUCAUUCAACAGGGAGACUAUACCUCCGAUUCUGACGACUACUCGGACUCGGAGGAUGAGAUCGAUGAGCAAGAGAUGCAGCGUCUGACUCGAGAGCGUGGCUUCGGGUUAGGCGGCUGGUUUGAUCGUAUGGUGGAGUGGACGGUAUUCGGUGUUGAUGACUGGCCACUUUCUUAUUCUGGAGGGCCUGCGGUGGACCAGGUACCCAAGAAUGUUGAGCUGGCAGACCCUAGUCCGGAUGAUGAAGAUGACCAGAUGUCCAUCUCAGGACUGACUGAUGGGCCUGACGGGGCCUCGACCAUUGGCGACUCUGAGGCUUCCGCUGUGACUGAAAAACCAGGCGAGCAUGGGGGCUGGGAAGACGCAUGGUGGCUAUUAGGCGUGAUAAAACGUGCCCUGGUAUGA